GUAAAAAACCGACCACUGAGUUGGAUUCUUAUUAGAAUUUGACUGAAGAACCAACUUAUUAGAAUUUAUGUCCUUUGUGUAGCAUUGAAAAUUUAUGUAAGCACAAAGCAGAGGAACAAGCCUACAAUGAUUUUAUAUUGAAUAAGUCGACUACAAUCUACUCAAAAGCAUACAAAUCCUUAGACAGCGCCACGUUCUACUAAAAAGCUUAUUGAAAUAACUGACUUCUAAGCUAUAAACUUGAUUGAGCUCCUUACAAGCUUCUGACUUAAAACUAAUUAAGCUAGCAUUUUUGGGAAAUUUGCUGCAUCUUAAAAAAAAGUUUGAUAAAGAAAUCAUUUGAAUAAUCAAGCUCGACUAGUCAUGAAGCUUAUUGCUGUGCUGUUACUGACAGUAAUUAUUUGUGCUGCAGUUAAACGAGUUAAUUCUGUGGAAGGAAGCCAAGUUGUGCGAAUUGAAGAUUUGAAGGCAAACUGGAAAGCUUAUUCAGAUGCACUUAAUGACGAUGGAGUCUGGGUUUCUUGGAACACAUCAAAUAAAGGCGUUCCUAGCAAUGCAGUGAAUGCUGGUUUUGAAAGAGCUGGUCCUUGCUUUGUUAUUAGAGCUGAUCAUACCACAGGAGAUGGCAAAUCAGUCGGCAAAAUUAUCGGGAAAUAUUUUCCAUUGAAGAAAUUAAGUUAUGUUGGAUAUGACAGAGUGCAGUAUGCUAAGACUAGUUUUGAGAUUCUAGUCCAAACCAACAACGUCUGGGCUGAUCCAAGUGACUCCCGACAGCCAAUUGCUGGAACUGACAAUUACCUAAUCUGCAGAAGUAUGGAAUCUGAGCUUCACAGUCCUGGAAGAUUGGAAAGAUCAUCAAAUAAUUGCUUCGUCACUCAAAAUGGAAAGGAACGCUUCCUCAGCAUCACUGUCGUUCGACAAACCCGAAAUGUGUCACAUUUUACAUACCAACCUGAUGACAAAGCACCGAUCGAGGGUGAAAAGCAAAAAAUGAACAUGUUUACAGCCAUUAAUAAUGCAAUGGACAUUGCGUUAGCCAAGGAUGAGUCGACAAUACUUUUUGGAGAAGAUGUCGCAUUCGGAGGUGUCUUUAGGUGCUCAUUAAAUCUUAAAAAUAAGUACGGAGGUGAACGAGUCUUCAACACACCACUUUGUGAGCAAGGAAUUGCUGGAUUUGCUAUCGGUGCAGCCACUAUGGGUGCUAAGGCAAUCUGUGAAAUUCAAUUUGCUGACUACAUCUUUCCAGCAUUCGAUCAGAUUGUUAAUGAAGCUGCCAAAUACAGAUACAGAAGUGGAAACUUGUUUGAUUGUGGAUCCCUUACAAUCCGUGCACCAUGUGGAGCCGUCGGUCAUGGAGCCUUGUAUCACUCACAAAGCCCUGAAGCCUACUUUGCACACACACCAGGUCUUAAAAUUGUCGUUCCAAGAGGUCCAAACAUGGCUAAAGGAUUACUUCUAGCUUGCCUUAAUGACAAGAAUCCAUGCAUUGUUUUGGAACCAAAGACACUUUAUAGAUCAGCCAUUGAGGAUGUUCCACUUGGAUAUUAUGAAAGUACUUUGGGAAAGGCUGAUAUUUUGAGAGUUGGCGGUGAUGUGACGUUGAUUGGAUGGGGAACGCAAGUUCAUGUCUUGCGAGAAGUUGCCGAGUAUGCCAAGAAGAAGUUGAAUGUCAACUGUGAAGUUAUUGAUUUAGUGUCAAUUUUGCCAUGGGAUGUUGAGACUGUUUGCCAUUCUGUAAAGAAAACUGGUCGCUGUCUGAUUGCUCAUGAAGCUCCAAUAACAAACGGAUUUGGUGCUGAAUUAGCUGCAACCAUUCAAGAGGAAUGUUUCUUGCAUUUAGAGGCACCAAUUACGAGAGUUUGCGGAUGGGACACUCCAUUUCCACACGUCUUUGAGACAUUCUACUUACCAGACAAGUACAGAUGCUUGGAAGGAAUCAAAAAGUUGAUCAACUAUUAAGGAAGUUUAUAAUCCUUGGCAAGAUUUGUGGGUUGCUUAAGACUGGGUUCAAUGGGAAAUGUUAAUAAUUAUUUGAGAACUUUUUUGGAUAGAAUUUGGGAUUUUUUUGGAAGUUAAGGAGAAUCCUGAAUUUAUUUCAUAAAAUAUCCAAAAAACAAUGAAUUUAAUUUAAUUGAAACUUGAUGCAUUUAUUAAAAUUUAAUCAGCGGAAUUAGAAUGUACAAAGAAAUUGUUAUGAAUUUAUUAAAAUGAUAUUUUUUGAAAUAAA